AUGAAUGGUUUAUAUCAUAGGAACGGGUGGUUUGGCAAAGAACCGUGGUGGAAAGAUGCUACUUUCUAUCAAGUGUAUCCGGCAAGUUUUAAGGACUCCAAUGGCGACGGUUGGGGAGAUAUUCCGGGACUUAUCUCCAAGAUCGAAUAUCUCAAUGAACUGGGCGUCGACGUGGUAUGGCUUUCGCCCGUUUUUGAGAGCCCCCAGGCCGACAUGGGUUACGACGUGUCAGACUACCAGAAAAUUUAUGCACCUUAUGGCACCAUUGACGACGUGGAUGAACUAAUAGAAGCAUGUCAUGCUCGAAACAUGAAGUUGAUUCUCGACUUGGUGGUGAACCACACUUCUAUCGAGCACAAAUGGUUCAAAGAGUCCCGUUCGUCGAAGACCAACCCGAAGCGCGAUUGGUACAUCUGGAAACCACCGCGAUAUGAUCCAAAAGGGGAGCGGGUUCCGCCGACAAACUGGCGAGGUUACUUCGCUGGCUCUACUUGGACUUGGGACGAGCACACCGAGGAGUACUAUCUCCAUCUAUACGCGCCUGAUCAGCCGGACUUAAACUGGGAAUCGGAAGCGUGCCGCGAAGCUAUCUACCAGGACACCAUGCGCUUCUGGCUUGAACGAGGCGCUGACGGGUUCAGGAUCGACACUGUUAAUAAAUAUAGCAAGCGCACCGAGUACGUGGAUGCGCCAGUUACAGAUCUAGACUCGCCAUAUCAGCCAGCGCCGGAGAUGUGGUGCAAUGGACCAAGAAUCCACGAGUUCAUCCACGAGAUGCGGACUAAAGCGCUCGCGCCCUAUGGGGCUGUCUCUGUCGGAGAGCUUUCUAACACGCCGGACCCAGGUCAAGUUUUGCCGUACGUUUCGGCAGCGGCACGGGAACUUGACAUGGUCUUUGAGUUCUCUGUGAUUCGAUUAGGUACUGGGGGCAUGUUUGGGCCAAAGUACAUACUCGUGCCGUUCACCCUACAGCAACUGAAAUCAAUCGUAGCAAAAUGGCAGACAUUCAUCGAAGGCACAGACAGCUGGACGACUGUGUUCUGUGAGAACCAUGAUAACGGACGAGCCGUGAGCCGGUUCGGCGAUUGUUCAACGCCGGAGUUAUGGGAGGCGAGUGCGAAAACCAUAGCUCUCUGGCAAGCCACAUUGACAGGGACGUUGUUCCUAUACCAGGGCCAGGAGAUUGGUAUGACAAACAUGCCGACGACUUGGGGGAUAGAAGAGUACAAAGACGUUGAGAGUCUCAACUUCUAUGCCGAAGCAUUAGCAUCUAAGGACCAGAAGAGAAUGGCAGACACUAUGCGGGGUCUGGGUAUUCUUGCUCGUGAUAAUUCGCGUAUCCCUUUUCAAUGGGAUGACUCUCCGAAUGCAGGGUUUUCAGAUAAAAGUGUCAAGACAUGGAUGCGUGUUCACGACGCCUAUCCAGAGGUUAACGUCAAGAAGCAAAUAUCAGACCCUAAUUCCAUAUUAAGUUUCUAUAAGACGGUCUUGAAGCUGCGCAAGAAAUAUAAGGAUAUAUUCGUCUUGGGAGCUUUCCGGCUCCUGAAAGAUGAUGACGAGGCAAUAUUCGCAUACGUGAAAGAAAGCCCCUUUCGAAUAUCGGAUUCGCGAGCGUCGGCGGACGACUGUUCUUCCCGUGGCUGCGAGAAUAAGAGAAUGGCGGUAGUGGUUAUGAACUUCUCCAGGGAUGAACGAGAUUGCCUAGACGUUAGAAGCAUCCUAGGUUGUGGUGACUGGAAUACGGCGCGAUUGCUAGUUAAUACACAAUAUCAAGACAAUAGGGGCUCGAUUCUUGGGAAGGAUACUAUACCGAUGGCUUUAAAACCAUGGGAAGGGCGCGUCUACGUCAAUUUCAACUUGGAUGAUGUCAUCAAGAUGUCGUAUGCUGCCGCGGCUGCGUCUGGUCCGAGGCAAACGCCUGAGGAGGCUGCAGCUCCUCAACCUCCCGAGAUCAUAUCUUCUGAGUCCGCAAGCACCUCGUCCCUUGUCGACGUCGAUACGCCCUCGGUGCGCACCGUACCCUCCGACUUCGGGGAACAAGAAAUCCAGACCGAGACUCAAGCUGCUCGUCAAGAACUAGAGGAUGCUACCGAGCGCGCGCGCGCUGAGGCUCAUCUCGCCAAGAAGAAGGGCACCGGGAAAGCACGAAAAGCCGAUAGCAUUCUCACCCAAUGGUUUGCCAAUUUAAGCGAUGGUGCCAGUACAGCCCUCGUCGUCUCCAAUCUGGCUGCCGUUGUAGGACUUAGCGCGUACUUGGGCUUCAAGGCUUGGGGCUUGUAUGAGCGCGGACGCUUAGGUUGGAAGAGCGUUGGUAUUGGUGCAGGUAUCGUGACUGGUGUUGGUCUGAUAGAAGGAAUCCUUGGAGGAUAUCUCUACAGGGGUAAGAAGAAGCAGUCAUAG